AUGGUGAUCACCGACAGCUGCCCGGCGGCCCCCUCCCCCGCCGCGGCGUUGCGGCAGCGCUGCACCGAAACCCUCCGCGUCGAGGACGGCCCUCGCCACUUCGCCGCCGCCGUUCAUUUCCACCCCUACGACCUUUUUAAAACCACCCGACGCCGCGUGCAGCGGCGAAGCGUCGGGUACACCCCCACAGGCGACCUCGUCCUCACCCGAGAGGAGAUUUCGGAUACCAGCGACGGCGACCUCCGCCUCGCGCGGCGCGGCGAGGUCGUGAUUUCGCAACCCACCGUCCUGGACCCCGCCGCCCGACGCGCGCGGCGCUACCCGGGCGUCUACGCCCCGCGAAAUAAAAAACGACGGAAUCGGCUGUUGAAUGACUACUUCGCCACCCCGAUGGGGAUCGCGUUGCUCGAGCAAAGCCGCACCUGGCGAGGCGCCGCGAACGCCAAGGAGGAGGACGAGGAGGACGACGACGACGACGACGGCGACGGCGCGCGGCGAUUUCGACCGUUUUUUGUGGAUCUCCCGCCCGCGUUAUUGCGAAGCCUCGGGCGUGGGGAGGAGGAGAAGGGCGCAGAGGGGGGGCGACCCCCUCCGCCGCCGCCCCCUCCGCGCGAUCCCGACGCGGCGGAGGUUCGCUUCCAGGCCCUUCACACCCGCCUACGUGGGGAGCUCCACCACGCCCUCAACAGCGAAUUCCUCCACGCGCAAAUCGAGGACCUCGACGUCUGCUUCACUCGGAUGCUCCAAGACGGGGAAACGAGCGAGGUCCUGGUCUUUCGCUUUCGCGAUGGCUACGGCCGUUUGCUUUGCCACGCCGUCGCGGCGUAUUACCAGCUCGUUUCCGAAUCCCGCCAGCUCCCGGAUGGGAUGGGGAAACUCACCUACGUGGCCUUCCCGCGAUCCAAAAAAGGAGGGGUGCGGGUGCCGAAUCUCCCACAACUUCCGUUGAUUCACGUCCUGCGGGGGUAUCGCGGGCGGAUGCCUGCACGCCACCCCCUCUCCGGCGCGAACAGCCCCCUCCCCGGCGGAGGCGUGGAUUCCCCUCCUCGCCUGAAGGAACCCAUUUCCCCGCUGAUGCUGGGCGAGAGCAGUGCGGGAUCACCGCCUUUUUCACACCCGCCUCCUUUUUCUCUGUUGGAGAAUCCAGCGUCCGCGGCGAAUCGACGACCCCUCGUGAAUACAACCGUUCUCGUGAUGAAUCACGCGAGUUUGCGAACGGAGGAGGUGGAGAUCGAGGUUUACGCCCCACAAUUCCGGAUUAGCGACAUGGAGAAUGGCGAGCGGGGCGACGGGGGCGCGCAGGAUGAACCCGACAACGGAAAAGAGGACGCAAUGCUCAGCUUCUCCUCCCAGUUCGACCCAAUGAGUGGAAAGGAGGGGGAAUUUGGUUCAAUCACCCCACCUUUGACAGCAACCCAGCGCAAAAAACUGAAAAAGGCAGAGAAGGCGCGCGCUGCCACGCAACAGACAGCCUCUCCACAUGGGGAUUCGAUAGAUACAAAGCGGUCCCCUGGCACUCAGAAAAAGGGAGAAGCUUGA